CUUUUUUCACCCAUUCAUCGUUUUGUUAUUGUAUCUAACCAGUGGGCCGAUUUUAAUUUUAGAGCGCAAUCCACGAUAAUUACUGAUUAACUACUUCCCUACUUUCUUCGGCGGUAUCAGCGUACUAUUUACACCGCAAUGGCGUUGAAAAACCAAGUCGGGCAAAAAAUAAUGAACGAGGUGAUAAAACAUAAACCCUCGAAGAAGAACGGACCUGCUGUUACGCAGCCACAUAAUGCGGCCGGUGUUGACUGGAGAAUCCUGGUGGUCGAUCAACUGGCAAUGAGAAUGGUAUCGGCUUGCUGUAAAAUGCACGACAUAUCUGCCGAGGGUAUUACAUUGGUUGAAGAUAUAAUGAAGAAGAGGGAGCCUCUCGCUACGAUGGAAGCUGUGUACUUGAUCACACCUUCCGAAAAGUCUGUUCAUGCUCUCAUGAACGAUUUCGAGUCUCCGAGGCCUAUGUAUAGAGGAGCACACGUAUUUUUCACAGAAGCAUGCCCAGACGAAUUAUUUAACAAAUUAAGUAAGAGUCAUGCAGCAAAAUAUAUAAAAACGUUAAAAGAAAUCAACAUAGCAUUUAUUCCGACAGAGUCACAGGUAUUUUCUUUAGAUUCCCCUGACACUUUCCAAUGUAGUUACGAUCCUUCCUUUGCUGCCGCACGAAACGCGAAUAUGGAAAGAAUGGCCGAACAGAUUGCAACGUUGUGCGCCACUUUGGGGGAAUACCCGCACGUCCGAUAUAGGAGCGAUUGGGAACGUAACGUAGAGUUGGCGCAAUUGAUUCAGCAGAAAUUGGACGCUUACAAAGCCGACGAGCCGACCAUGGGCGAAGGACCGGAGAAAGCCAGAUCGCAAUUGCUGAUCUUAGAUCGAGGCUUCGAUUGCGUUUCGCCGCUACUGCACGAACUGACGUUUCAAGCGAUGGCCUACGAUUUGCUUCCGAUCGAAAAUGACGUGUACAAAUACGAAGCUUCCGCCGGGGUGCAGAAGGAGGUGCUCUUGGACGAAAACGACGAGCUGUGGGUGGAAUUGCGCCAUCAACACAUCGCCGUCGUGUCUCAAAGCGUCACCAAGAAUUUGAAAAAGUUCACCGAUUCCAAACGUAUGACCCAAAGUGAUAAACAAUCCAUGAAGGAUUUGUCCACUAUGAUCAAAAAGAUGCCGCAAUACCAGAAGGAAUUAUCGAAAUACGCCACUCACCUACAUCUCGCCGAAGACUGCAUGAAGGCUUACCAAGGGUAUAUCGAUAAGUUGUGCAAAGUUGAACAGGAUUUGGCAAUGGGUACAGAUGCAGAAGGGGAGAAAAUUAAAGAUCACAUGCGCAACAUCGUUCCGAUUCUUCUAGACACCAAAAUAACGAACGAAUACGAUAAGAUGCGCAUCAUAGCUUUAUACGCUAUGACCAAAAACGGUAUAACCGAGGAAAAUCUUACGAAGCUAGCUACACACGCGCAGAUUAAAGACAAACAAACUAUCGCUAACCUGCAGCUCUUGGGAGUUAACGUCAUUAACGAUGGUGGUCCUAGAAAAAAGCUGUACACCGUACCGCGCAAAGAGCGAAUUACAGAACAAACUUACCAGAUGUCGAGAUGGACACCGGUUAUUAAAGACAUCAUGGAGGAUUGCAUCGAGGACAAAUUGGAUCAGAAGCAUUUCCCCUAUCUAAGCGGACGGGCGCAAACCACCGGAUACCAUGCGGCACCCUCCAGUGCUCGAUAUGGCCAAUGGCACAAAGAUAGAGGCCAGCAGGCCGUGAAGAACGUCCCGCGUCUGCUGGUCUUCGUCGUCGGAGGGAUAAGUUUCUCGGAAAUUCGCUGCGCGUACGAGGUGACAAACGCCCAGAAGAAUUGGGAGGUCAUAAUCGGAUCGUCGCAUAUCCUUACACCAGAAGGUUUCCUCAGCGAUUUAGCGACGUUAGCCGGCUAGAAUCAGAUGAAAAAGGUUACUUUCAAUCUGCCCGAAUGAUACGAUUUUACUUUGUUGCCUUUUUACAGUAUUUUCUCCAUCAUCUUACAAGCAUGUUCUUUACAGUUAGAUUAAAAGAGUCGCUUUAAAUAUUCCUAAAAGAGUAAGGUGUUGUAAUGAUUGCAGAUGUAAACAGAGGUAUGUUUCCGGAGGAUAUUGUAAAAAGACAAAAAUGUUUGGCAGUUUUGUUUCAGUAGCAAUCAGCAAAUCAUGUAACCCAGUUGUAAAUUUUAUAAUAUUGGCUGUAAAAAUUUGUCUAACCGUUUCAACAAUUAUUGUUUCCGAUUCGGAUCGAAAUUUUUAGCAAUAAUGUAGGAUUUCACGCGUCGAAGGCGGGUUAAAACACGUUUAAUAUAUUAUCUAUUAUAAAGUAAAGAUUUAUUUAUAAAUAGGCGAAAGGUGAGCCUAUAGGCUUGCUAUUUUCUACUGUUCUAAAUUAAAAUGCACCAUCUGUUAUAAAGCUAUUGUAAAUUGAACCGCUACUUGAAUAAAAGGUAUUCUGUAACUAGUCAUAUCCAGUUGCGCAAACAUUUAAUGGCUUCUUAAUUGUAAGUGUUGAUAAUUCUGAAGUAGCUUUUGAAUGUCAUCAGACUGUGCAAUUGGUUUACUAAUUAUGUAUUUUAGAAGAAACUUAAAAUAAUCCGUUGAAGUUGCAACUUACAACGUGGAUGUUAUUUGUAUAGAUAUCUUUGUGAUUCAAACUUUAAUAGUCGAUGGAAGAGAAAUUUAACUGAUACAAGUAGAUGAUUUAGUUCCCGAUGAAAUAAGAUCUAUGUUGUAUUUUAGAUUAGAUAAAUUGUAUUUUUAAAAUAUCCACUAAUGUGUAAAAUUAUUAUAUAGACAACUUGAAUUAACAGCUUCGUUGUGAACUAUCCAUUUGUUUGUGUUCUAUAAAUGCAUUCCGGGGCUUUUGUGUUGUUUUAAUAAAAGUAGUACGAUCACAUCAAACUGACUGAAAUUUUUUUAGCGUUAUACUUAAAGUCUUGCUAGGUAUAUUUUUGUUUCUUCUAGUUUUUGUUUUUUUAUAUUUAAUGUUUUUUAAUUCUAUCAUAAGUUAAAUCGUUUUCAAACUAAUUUUACUAAAAAGCUAUUCAUUUCUAUGAAUAGCUGUGUUCGUUCCCAUCUGGUUAGCUUAUGUGGCUGUUAUUGAAAUAGAGUAUUGUAUCUAAAUGUAUGUUCUAGUUAUUUUCCUUUAAAAUAUAAUAUAUCAUGUCAAUUGCAAAUGUUAAUAAAUAUUAGCGAAC